CCUGGCCUUGAACACCUCCAGGGAUGGAUGGGGCAUCACAGCCUCUCUGGGCAGCUGUUCCCGGAGAAGCACACUCUGUAUGUCUGUAGGUGACACUAAGCUGAGCUGUGUUCUGCAUGCUGGAAGGAAGGGAUGCCAUCCAGAGGGCCCCCAACAGGCUGGGGAGGUGGGCUGGUGUGAACCUUGGGAAGUUCAGCACGGCCAGGUGCAAAUGGCUGGGACAAUCCCAAGCACAGACACAGGCUGGGCCAAGAACAGACCGAGAUCAGCCCUGAGGAGGAGGACUUCUGGGUCCUGAUGGCUGUGGCUGUCGCUGGCAGGCAGAGACAUGUUGUGCAUGGAGUUGUGUGUCCUGGGGUGCAUUGGCCAUGGGAAGGUGCUGUCAGUGCCUUUGUAAUUGUAUCUCUCUUAUUUCUAAUCUUUACGAUAUAAUGUUAAUUAUUAAUAGAGAGAAACCCCAGCUGAAAUUCUCAUGUCACCAGAGUGCUAUAAACUCAAUAAUUCCCUUUGAGCAUGUGGCUUUUAUUCAGUGCAACUGAGAUUGUAAUGCUGAUAGACAAUAAAUACAGUGGAAGGAGUCAGCAACUUUGGGCCCAACUGAGAUGGGACACAAACCCCAUGUGAGCCUUGCACUGCCUGAAACUGGGAGUGAUCACAUUCCUCUCUAACAUUCCUCCAAAGUGGACUUGGGUAAAGGACAGCAGCAAUGCCAUCGCCUGUCAUCAAGGGGGGUGAUAUGAUGUUAUGAUAAAGUUACCAAGGUGGAAAGCUGGCAGCUGGUUGGCUGGUGCCUGUGGGAAGCUCAGCAGCAUGCUCUAUAUAUUGCCAGAGAUGAGGGGAGCCAGCUUCCAUGUCCACUGCGGAAAUGGGCACCCGCAGCUCCCUGCUCUGCCUGGCACUCCUGUUAUGUUAUGCAUGUGCUACUCCAGUCUCUGUUGAGCAUCUCUCCAGUGAGCCUGAUGGAGAAAAUGAUGCUAGUGAGAUAAUCAGAGACAUUCCAGACAUAAACUUAGCUGCUGGAUUGGACCUUUUUCAGGGUGAUAUCUUGCUUCCUAAAAACCAGCGAAAUGCCUUAAGAAACGACACCUACAGAUGGCAGUUCCCUGUUCCCUAUAUCCUGGGUGAUGACUUAGAUCUGAACGCCAAAGGAGUCAUUCUCCAGGCACUUGAAAUGUUCCGCCUGAAGUCCUGCGUGGAUUUCAAGCCAUAUGAAGGAGAGGCAAGCUACAUAUUCUUCAUAAAAGAAAGUGGGUGUUGGUCCAUGGUGGGGGACCUGAAGAAUGGGCAGAACCUCUCUAUUGGGUCAGGGUGUGACCACAAAGCAAUCGUGGAACACGAGAUCCUGCAUGCUUUGGGGUUCUACCACGAGCAGUCGAGGAUGGAUCGCGAUGACUACGUGACCAUCUGGUGGGAUGAAAUCAUUACAGGCAGAGAACACAACUUUAACAAGUACAAUGACAGCUACAUCACUGACCUGAACACGCCCUACGACUACGAGUCAGUGAUGCACUAUGCACCGUUUUCCUUUAACCAAAAUGACGACAUCCCCACGAUCACAACAAAGAUCCCAGCAUUUAAUGACAUCAUUGGGCAGCGUCUGGAUUUCAGCGACAUUGACCUGGAAAGACUUAAUCGCAUGUAUAACUGCACUUCGACUCUCACCCUCUUGGAUCAGUGUUCCUUUGAGAAUGAAAAUAUCUGCGGCAUGAUUCAGAGCACCACAGAUGACUUAGAUUGGGUCCACCAACAGAGCAGUGCUACAGGAGACAAGGACCACACACUUUCUGGGCGCUGUACAGAUGCUGGCUAUUUCAUGUACUUCGACACCAGCUCUGGAAAUGCAGAAGAGGUGGCAGUCCUGGAGUCCCGAAUCCUGUAUCCCAAGAGGACUCAGCAGUGCCUCCAGUUCUUCUAUAAGAUGUCAGGGAGCUCAUCUGACAAGCUGGUCAUCUGGACUAAGGAAGAUGAUGGGACUGGAAACGUUCGCAAGACGAGGAAAAUUGAAACCUUUCAGGCGGACAGUGACCAGGACUGGAAAAUCGCCCACGUGACCCUCAAUGUUCAGAAUAAGUUCCGAUACCUCUUCCAAGGACUGAAGGGCAACCCCAGCUCUUCCUCUGGUGGGAUCAUUGUCGAUGAUGUCACACUGACAGAGACCCCCUGUCCCACGGCGGUGUGGAUCGUUCGGAAUUUCAGUCAGAUUCUGGAAAGUGCGUCAAGUGACGUCAUUCAGAGCCCUCGGUUUUACAGCCCCGAGGGUUACGCUUAUGGCAUAAGUUUGUACCCCCAGUCCAGUAGCAGUGGCUACACCCGCGUUGCCUUCCACUUGUGCAGUGGAGAGAAUGAUGCUGUCCUGGAGUGGCCAGCUCUGAAUCGCCAAGCCAUGCUCACAGUGCUCGACCAGGACCCUAACGUGCUGCAGAGGAUGUCUGCCAGCAGAAGCUUCACCACAAGCACAGACCACAGUGUAAAUGGAAGCUUAAUAUGGGACAGACCAUCCAUUAAUGGAAGCUUUGAUGCCUCAUGCAAUUGCUACAGAACCAGAGACCGGGGGUGGAACACCUUCAUAUCCCACAGCCAGCUGAGACGAAGAAACUUUCUGAAAAAUGAUAACCUGAUCAUUUUUGCAGAAUUCCAUGACCUGAUUCACCUCAAUAACACCGAAGUCCCCGUCGUGUCCGAGCAAUCUGCUGUCUCAGAGGGCCACAUUUUAGAAAGAAAGAAGAGAGCAGCCGAGGAGAUGGAGCCCAUGCAGCGCUGGCUGCCUUCCCUGCAAGACCCGUGUGAUCCAAACCCCUGCCAGAAUGAUGGAGUCUGUGUGAAUGUCAAAGGGAGACCGAGCUGCAGGUGCCCAUCAGGACAAGCCUUCUUCUUCACAGGUGAGAGGUGCCAGUCCAUGCAGGUCCACGGCAACAUCCUGGGAAUGACAGUUGGUGGAAUUGCUGGAACCAUUGUCUUAACUAUUAUCCUCAUUUCCAUGAUGGCUAGAAGAUAAAGAAAUGCAGAGGGAUAAAAGCAAAUCUGGUGGUUUUUUUUGUGGUUCACCAGACAUCAGUUUUCAGUGAAAAACGACAAAUACAACUUGUGCCAGACCAGCCAGCAUCUGGAUAUUGAAAUGUUCUACCAACAUCUUGGCAGCUGUCCAUUUAUUUCAUAGGAUUUGGCAGUUCAAGGUCAUUACAUGAACUGCUGCCUAAUAAAAGCUCAUAUCCUGCCUCUCUCGUGUAUUUCUUUAUUGUUUUGUUACCUCAUCGAAUAGCAAGCAGCUGUGCUGAGAGUCCAUGCAAGCAAUCCUAAUCACAGUGCAAACUUUAAUGGGAAGAACUUCUCUAAACAUCAGGGAAAGCCAUUUGCAAGCAAAUCUGUGAAGAUUCUAGAAAAAUUCCUAUAGAAAUUGCCCAGGAUACUUAAAGGAUAUAAACCCAUAGUUAGGUAAGUCAGUACAUCAACACUUAUCUUCCACUAAGCUGUGGGGCGUUCAGCCUGGAGAAGGGAAGGCUGCAGGAAGGCCUUCCAGUAAUGAGGAGCUCAUAAGCAGAAGGGGGAGUGACUUUUAUACAUGGUCUGAUAGUGAUAGGACAGCAUGGAAUGGCUUUAAGCUAAAAGAAUGGAGAUUGAGGUCAGAUAUUGGGAGGAAAUCCUUCACUCAGAGGGCAGAGAGGUGCUGGCACUGCCCAGAGCUGUGGUGCCCCAUCCCUGGAGGUGCCUGAGGCCAUGGAUGGCCCUGGGCAGCCUGAGCUGGAGGUGCUCCAGGACCGUGUAGAUGUGGUACUGAGGGACGUGGUCUAGUGGGGAAAUACUGGUGGUGCGUGGAUGGUUGGACCGGAUGACCUUGGAGGUCUUUUCCAACCUUGGAGAUUCUAUGAUUCUAUGAAUUUGGGGUUGGAGAUUCAUGAUCCUUGAGGUCCCUUCCAACCCUGGCCAUUCUGUGAUUCCGUGAGUCUGUGAAUUCCAUCCUUUAUUAUUUUUCUUGAGCUGUAUUAAAUCAGAGGAAGGUGCCAUGGCAGUGACUGUUCCAUUGCUAGAAAAGAAAUCCAGAGAUAAGCUGAACAUGUAGGAUGUCAUUAGAACACCAUUUAACUGAACGCCUUGCCGUUAAGCAGAAGAUCCAGGUGAUGGCAACUGUCAGAAAACAAGUUCGUGUGGCAGCCCUCACUUCAGCAAAGGGUGUUCAUGGAGGGCACAGGGAGGAGUUGGGAUGAAGGGCUGGGCCAGCUGAACAAAUGUAGCCAGCUCACCAAAAUGCCACACACCUGAGGUGAGCAAGCUGUUGGUGAGCCCACUGCUCCCCUUGGCUCUGCCAGUGACCUGGCU